CACCACACGCUCCACGGACCGCACCUCGCCGCUCUUUCACUCCUCCUCGCAUCGCCACACAGCCACCUCUCUUCCGCCCGUAUGCCGUCCGCCAGCCGUUCGCGGCGCCGCGCCGACUCGGCCGAGCGGCGCGAGCUGGCGUCUGCCGAGGACCUCUCGCGUGCGUCGCCCGACGACGAGGAGCUGGACGGGCCCGAGGAGCCCCUCUCCGACGCCGAGCCCGAGGAUCUCGACGAUGAUGACGACGACGACGACGAUGUCGGCGCUGCAGCGCCGCAGCGCAAGCGCAUCUCGGCCGCCGACAUCGCACGCGCAAAGGGCGACCAGCCGCUCGAUGCCGUCGUCGCCGACACGCGCCUGCGCGCCAUCGCCACCGACUGGGGCUCGGCGAGCAGGAACCUGGCGCUGGCCAUCGAGGCGCUCACGACGAGCGCGGAGCAGGUGGCCGAGUUCAUCGGCUGCGAUGAGGAGAGCUUGGGCGGUGGGCUGACGCAGAGCACGGCGACCCUGGAAGCCGGCAUGCGUGCUCUUCUCGACGCCGAGGCAGAAGUCAAGCUGCGCGUGCGCAUCCUGCACGAGCUGCGUGGACAGCUGACGCGCGGCGACAAGAUUUACAACGCGCCGCAGAGCUACGAAGCGGCAGUGCAGGCCGAGCUGGAGAAGUACACGCAGCAGACGUCGCGCCAGAAGUACGCUUCGCAGAAGACAUAUGAGCAGUUCCGCGAGAAGAUCUGGCAAGCGGGAAGCGAAGACCCUAUGCCGCCGAUGCUCGAUCUCAUCGCUGCCGAGGAGGGAGAUGACGACGACGACGGCGACGACAUCGUCAUGGGCGGCGUGACGCAGGACUACAAGUGCCCGCUCUCGCUGCGUCUCAUGACCGACCCGCUCUCCUCCUCCACCUGCUCGCACUCCUACGAGCGCAGCGUGAUCCUCGACUAUCUCUCCUCUCAGGCAGGGCACAACGCAGGACGCGGCGGUCGCGGUGCGAGCGUCGAGUGUCCAGUCAGCGGCUGCAGGGCACAGCUCUCCAAGGCGUCACUCAAGGAGAACGCCAAGCUCAAGAAGGACGUCCGAGCCUUUGCGCGCCGCCAGGAGGAGCGUGAGCUGCGCAGACGCGCCACGCAGAACGCUGAGGCGGUGCUCGACUAGAGCGGCGGCAGACCUGGGCCGGAGCCGACGACAGCUCCUUCGUCCCGGUUCUGCUCUCCUCGCUGCGCCUCUACACUGGCUCGACACCUCUGUGUCCUCCCAUCCCACCCUUCCUUGCUUCGACUCGUCCUGUCCACUCUCUCAAGCGUCACUUCUUCAUACCUUCAUCCUGUGUACCACCACCACCUCACCAAGCCGCGAACUCAUCACCGACGUGUCUAGCAAUAUGUGCAGUGUACUUGCAGAAGCG